AUGUCGUAUCUUGAAUCCAGGCUCAGGAAGUUUUUCAAGCUUCCGCAUAAGGGUGAGACCUAUGAACUCAGAAGCGGGCUGGUGUCACAAUAUGCCGGAGACAGAAAGGAUGCCAUAGAAAGAGUCAUUGGUGCCAUGACGGUCGGAAAGGACGUGUCUGCUCUCUUCCCUGAUGUUUUGAAGAACGUGGCCACCCACGAUCUGGAACAGAAGAAGUUGGUGUACCUGUAUUUGAUGAACUACGCUAAGACCAACCCGGAAUUAUGUAUUCUUGCUGUGAACACUUUUGUCCAGGAUACUGAAGAUCCUAAUCCUCUGGUCCGUGCAUUGGCAAUCAGAACAAUGGGAUGCAUAAGGGUUGACAAGAUUGUGGAUUACAUGGAGAUCCCAUUGCACAGAACUUUGAAAGACGAUAAUCCUUAUGUGAGAAAGACAGCUGCAAUCUGUGUAGCCAAGCUUUUUGAUCUCAGUCCCGAGAUGUGCGUGGAGCAGGGAUUUUUGGAUGCUUUGAAGUCUAUGAUUGAGGAUUCUAAUCCGAUGGUGGUGGCCAAUGCUGUUUCUGCACUAUUGGAGAUUGAAGCUGCAAACAGAGAUACCAAGGUUUUGGUUUUUGAUGCCAAAAUCCUAAAGAAACUGUUGUUGACACUGAAUGAGUGUACAGAAUGGGGCAGAAUUACUUUGCUUACUGCUCUGGCAGAGUACAAGUCAACUUCCGAGGCCGAGGCAUCCAGUAUCAUUGACCGUGUGAGCCCGUUGUUGCAGCAUGAGAACCCUGCGGUCGUCCUUGCGGCCGUAAAGGCUAUAUUAAUGCACAUAAACGCAAUUCCUCAGGAAUCACAGGACUCUUUGGUGAGAAAACUGAGUGCACCAUUGGUUUCACUCAUUUCGACUCCUCCAGAAGUUCAGUAUGUCGGUCUCAGAAACAUUAGGAUUAUCCUGGAAAAGUAUCCUUCGAUUCUUUCCAGAGAAAUGAGGGUGUUCUUCUGCAAAUACAACGAUCCUCUCUACCUUAAGCUGGAAAAAAUAGAGAUCUUGGUGAGACUGGUGAAUGAUUCGAACAGCACGGUCCUGUUAGCAGAGCUUCGCGAGUAUGCAAUGGAGUUUGAUACGGAGUUUGUCAAGAGAGCAGUACGUGCAAUUGGUCAGGUCGCCAUCAAGCUGGAAAAAAUCUCGAAGAAGGCGAUCGAUGUUUUGUACGACCUGAUCAACUCGAGAUCCGAAUAUGUGAUUAACGAAGCUACAAUAGUGAUCCAGAACGUCUUGAGACGCUACCCUACACAGCAUAUCUCCACAAUAAUCUCGAUCAUCGCAGAUAUCAACCUAGACCAACUAGAGGACGACGAGGCUUUGUCGUCAUAUGUCUGGAUAAUAGGAGAGUAUGCAAAGCAUAUUCCGCAUUUGGAGAAGAUUUUGGAUGGAAUGGUAUCCCAAUUUUUGGAAUUUGAGUCCACUGUUCAACUGGCUCUGUUGACUACCAUCGUGAAGGUUAAUCUUACAAGACCAAGCCCUAACACGCAAAAGCUACUUCAGGACACUUUGAAUACAGCCACAAAGGAAGUCGAAAAUGCCGACGUCAGAGAUAAAGCGUUUUUGUACUGGAGAUUACUCAGUUUGGAUGGCGAUUCCGCGCAAAAAGCUGUGAUGUUGAAGAAGCUGCCACCUUUGACCUCAACUAUUGAAAAGUUCCCACCGGCACUUUUGAACGAACUUAUCACAGAAAUUUCUACCCUGGGCUCCGUGUACCACCAACCAGGCUACAUGUUUGCUGCUGGAGAUGCUCACACCGGUGGGAAGGUUCAGACCAAGAAACUGGAGGAGUUGCAACAAUUGGCCAAAUCCGAGAUUGUGAACAACACUGUCAAGGCAGAGAAUCUACUGGACUUCGACGAUGACGAAGGUGAUUCGAACUCAGCCAAUGCCGACAACGGAGCUAGCAAUAACAACAUUCUCGCCGAACUCAAUGAUCUUUUCGCAGGCUUGUCGACACAACCGCAGCAGCCGUCAUCUGUUUCGCCGCCACCGCCAUCAUCCGAACAGUCGAACGGUGCAAGCAGUCUCUUUGAUCUGAUGGGUGGGUUUGAAGCAGGAGCAAGUCAAAAUGGCGCAGCAAAUUCAAAGAAGCCAGAAGAAGACCUGUUAAGUCUUUUCUGA